AAGGACUCCCAACGUAUGAAUGUGUAUUGAAACGAGAGUGAAGAGAGAGAACAGUUGGCGAACAGCAGGAGAGGGCGGGCUAAAAGGAAAGAAAAUCUAUCAGGGAACUACGUAUAAACUGUACGCAAAAUAAACACAGCACACUACGGGGUUUACCACAUCGGACUUUCACCAUUUGCUGUCGACAAUCGCAUCCGAGCGGGAAUGGAUCUACCUGCAGUUGGCGAACACGUCUUCGCCGUGGAGGGAAUAGAAAAGAAGCGCAUACGGAGGGGCAGAAUCGAGUACCUGGUGAAAUGGAGAGGAUGGUCUCCAAAAUACAACACGUGGGAACCAGAGGAAAACAUUCUUGAUCCUCGUCUUCUGGUGGCAUUUCAGAACAGAGAGAGACAGGAACAGCUGUUGGGAUAUCGCAAGCGAGGACCUAAGCCAAAACAUCUGUUGGUCCAGCUCCCAGCAUUUGCCAGGAGGUCCAGCAUCCUUGCCAACCUCCAGGAUCUAUCCCCAGACGAGGAGAACCAUGCCAAGCUGGAUGCCAUCCCCAUGCCCCGCUCCCAACCCCAGCAGUACCAGCUGAACAGCAAGAAGCAUCACCAGUACCUGCCCAACAGCCAGGAGACAUCGUCAGAGCCGCACAGCCACGGCAAGAAGAAAUACUUCUACCAGCUCAACAGCAAAAAGCACCACCACUACCAGCCGGACCCGAAGAUGUACGACAUGCCGUUCAGCAAAGCGAAAGAGGCCAAGCCCCAGGCCCCUGCCAGCCAGAGUUGGAACUUACCGCCCGCCCUGCAGCAGAAGUGGGUCAGGGACAAGGACACGGGCUGCCUGAGCAAAGUCAAAGAUCUCAUGGUGGAACCACAGCAGCCUGCUGCCAACACCAGCCAGCCCGAGCAGCGGCCCAACACCAGCCCCAAAGAGGGAAGCCUUCCCACCGCCGUCAACAGCAGUAGCAGCAGAUCAUCAAAGAUGAAGAUCAUCAAAAAUAAAAACAAGAACGGCCGCAUCAUCAUCGUGAUGAGCAAGUACAUGGACAGCAAUGUGUCUUCGACGCCGGACCUGGCGCGUGACGAUCCACUAAGGUCGUCUUCACACCAAAGUGGAGACUCUGAUCAGAGCAGCACGGAACUAUCUCCAGAACAGUCAAAGAUCACAAGUCUGCUCAACCAGCAGGACAGCAUAUCAGAGAGGGAUCCUACUAAAGGACAUCAUACCAAGGAUGCUAAGAAGGCCAGAUCCUUCAGAGAGCACAGACUGCCGAGGGAAAAUAGCUCUGACACAGAGUAUUGCAGGAUGGAUACCUCUGAGGUGCUGUUCAAUACCAAAGUCGAUCAGCCUUUACAGCUAACCAACAAACCCAGCCCUGUGUCGAGCCCCCCGCCGGAGGUAAGCCGAUGUCACUCAAUGCCAAACGAUCGCAAGCGGACCUUCUCAGAACCUGACGACCAUCAGGGCUCGCACUUUAAGAGAUUCUUACCCUCUCGGAGUACAAGUACCCCCUGCACAGCGUCCUCCCCUUAUCAGAGCGAGCCCAUGAACCUUCACCUGGGCGACCAGUGCAGUACACGGACCACCUACAGUGACUUUACAGACUCCAAUCCUGAGGAGCCUAUUGACCUGAGCUUCUGGAAGUCUCCAAAGCCGGUGGAGGUCACGGUGGAAACCCCCACCUCUGAGGAGCAGGCUACCGAAGCCACAGACAGGCCCCGGGAGGAGCCUGCAAAGCCGAUCCAUCCGUUUCAGGGCAACAUUGUCAUCACUGAUAUCACAACAAACUGCCUUACUGUCACUUUUAAGGAAUACGUCUCCAUCUAGACACUUUGGCCUACAGAGAGAUUGUGUGCAACGUCGUGGAGAGCCACUCUUCUGUGCAUAGUUGUAAAGCAUGUACAAAAAAAUGUUUAUAUCCUGUAAAUACUGUAUAACUCAUAUUGUUUAUGGAUAUGUCGCUGCUAGAUGCAGAUUCGGAACAUUGUCCUCCGUUUGGAGUGCUUUGUAAGGUUGUAUAUGACUGUUGAAACAUGUACUUAAAGCUACAUUGCUAAAGAUU